GAUAUAUCUCUAGCAGCUGAAGAUGGUGAAUUCAAGUGUUUUAUUAUUGUCAUGGCAAACGGAACCGGCAGCAUCAUGUUGAAAUGUGUGGUCGUCGGCGACGGCACCGUUGGAAAAACUUGUCUGCUGAUGAGCUACGCCAACAACGCCUUUCCUGAGGAAUACGUGUCCACUGUCUUUGAUCAUUAUGCAGUGAGUGUGAGGGUUGGGGGAAAACAGUACUUUCUAGGACUGUAUGACACUGCGGGCCAGGUGGACUAUGAUCGCCUGCGACCCCUGUCCUACCCUAUGACAGAUGUCUUCCUCAUUUGCUUCUCCGUGGUGAAUCCAGCCAGCUUCCAGAACGUGAGAGAGGAGUGGGACCCUGAGCUGCAGAAGUAUGCACCUAACGUCCCUUACUUGCUCAUUGGUACUCAGAUUGACCUGCGGGAUGAUCCCAAGACUAUUGCCAAGCUGAACGAUGUGAAGGAAAAGCCCAUUGUGACAGAACAGGGCCAGAAGCUAGCCAAGGAGAUUGGUGCCUGCUGUUAUGUUGAAUGCUCAGCACUGACACAGAAAGGCCUGAAGACUGUGUUUGAUGAGGCCAUUAUAGCCAUUCUGGCUCCUAAGUUCUGGCUACUGUAUUUCUGUGUCUGGCUUAUUAAGCACAAGUUCAUUUAA